UUUCAGCCGAACAUGUAUUUGCGUUUGUGUGUCCUGCUUUUGGCCAUGGUGCCACUGAUAGCUGCUGACCUCCUCGACUCCGAAAACUUACGUAAUUUCGUCCUUCAAUUCCAUAACGAUCUCAGGGCAAACGAAGGAGCCUCAGAUAUGAUUAAACUGGACCUCAUCCGGUCUGAAAUGCAACGUUGGUUCGAUGAAAAGAGCGAUUUCAGGCGACACGCUAAUGGGUGUGGUAGCAGCUGUCACUAUACUCAGGUAAAUGUUAUAAUUCUUUUCUAAUUUUGACUCAAGGCC